CAGAGCGACUAUGAGAAGCUCGUUGGAUUACCCGUUGCCCCUUUCAUGGAUCGGGAAAAGGUUACCAAAGCUGCCAGUCAAUGUGGUUUCAUUCGCUUCGUCAUCCUCCCUUUGUUUGAAGCUUUUGCUAAACUUUUCCCCCCAUUGAAAGAAGCCAUAGUUCAACCGGCACAUGAACAGCUUAGCUACUACACAGAGUUAAGCCAACAAGAAUUAUCGAGGACUGCAGGUGAAGCGGAUGAAUCUGCUGAUGAAUCACAAGAUUGAUGGAAAUACCGGUUAAAGCCUCUAAUUAGGCCGAUAUUGUUUGCACGCCGGAUCUUGGUCACUUGCCUACUGAAACACAUAUCAGCGAAUCCACUCAUGAACUACCUUCGAUAUAACUAGAGCAUGUUAUCUGCAAUGUGCUCAUUCCUUUGUGCAACCAGUCACUGGCGUCGUGUAAAUAUUUUUACCGGACCACAGAAGCUAGAAUUUGGAAUUGUUUUCAUCGCAGAUCCUCACUUUCGACAUCAGGCUCCCUGAUGCAAUGUGCGUAUAAUUUGUCCUUCGAUCAGUGCUCCUGUCUGGUCUCCAGAUAAAUCAUCGCCUCUUCGCCAGCUCCUUGCCAUUGCCGUUGGCGUACUGUACAUAGAACAGGAUGUGUUACGAAAGUAUGGAUCCGUUAUGUGCUACACUCCGUCUCAUAACGUCACGUCUACCUCCUGCAUCCAAAAUUGAUGGCGGAUUUCGCCCUUUGUAGGUAGAUGUUAUGCUUACUGUAUCGAAUCUUUCAUUCUACCUCCAAACCCGCGUAACUGUCCUCUUGGUUCCCUCGCCCCACUGUUUUAUCACUCCUUUUCAUUGUUGAACAACGAUUUUCUUAUGAGAGCCAUUUCUGGAUAUGUUGAAUGUGGAGCUUCGGCAAAUAUUUAUCCAACGGGCAACUUGUACUGACGAUAAGAAUCCUCGGUAUCUGGGAUUAUUUAGACAACAUUCGCUUAGUUAAUCAUCCAUUAGAAUACAAG